AUGCAGAGACAGCGAGUAGAGGGAGGUGGGAGCGGCGCGAGGCCACCCCUCCCGCCGCACCGCAUUGGCCCGCGCCGGCGGGGGCGGCGGCUGGCGGAGCGCGGCCGCGGCAUUGGCCGCCGGGCACGUCGCUCCGCGGCCGGCCGGGCGGGCGGGGGCUGCGCGCCGCGCGGAGCGGCCGGGGGCACGCGGCAGGAGCGGGGCGCUCCGGGGCGGAGCGCGGCGGACACGCGCGGGCGGAGGGCGGGCGAGCGCUCCUCCGCGGUCGGGGGUGCGGAGGGCGCGGAAAGCAGCGUCGGGCUUGCGCGGGGCUGUGGGGUAAUUUGGAAAGAAGGGCUCGGUGUGCGUUUGGGUUGGUGGUGUGGUUUGAGGUUGGGGGGCGGGGAUGUCUCAGUGCGUGCUCGGUGUCGCUUGCGCGGGGCAGCGCGGCCGCCCGCGGUGCGAGUCGGGCCCGGCGCGGAGCGCAGCGGUGGCCGCGGGGCCGCCCCCGGCGCACGCAGGUUCGGAGGCAAUCGCCAGCCCCGGCCCGCCUUCGCCCGCUUCGGCCUUAUAUUUAAUACAUGCCCUUUCAUCUAUAAUUCAGGCUGCUCUGACUCCAGCCCUGUCUCGGCUCCCAUUUACGCCUGCACACCUUUCUCCUUCCCUUUCCCGAAGGGUCAGCCGAAACACUCGCCAAGGGAGGGAGAGAGCUACUCUGCUGGUUUGGGUUUUGUCUGCUUAAACAUUGAAAUGGAAAAGAUUCCUUCUCUCUGUGGUUUGAUAAAUAAUAAAAGUGAUCGUUUCGCCCUCUCCAUAAAUGACACAGGUAAAUUAUCCAGCUAGCCACAAAGAAGCAUCACAUGCCUGGAAGACACUGUAAUAAAAUGACAAUGUAUUAUGAUAUGAGUGACCUCAAAAGUGUGACAAGAAGAUGAUUAUAGUGCAUUAUCUAUAGUGCAUUAUAUGUAGUGCCUUUUUCAACGUUUUCAGAAGUAUGAAUGAACCUUUAUUGACUGUGCUUUUAUUGCUAGCUUUUCUCAGCUUGAAUCUACAAGCUGUAUGCUAGAACCUAUCCAAUUUAGUAUGCUCAGGUACGUGGCCAUGCUGGCUGUUGCUUCUGGUUAAGUCUUUCAAAUAUAUAUGCAUAGGAAAAAAACAAAGAUAACAUCAGCAUUUGACUUUUUUCUGUAUGUGGUACUAUUUCAUUUGCACAUUUUCAGUGGACAGCACUGGUGAGCUAAAGAUUGAAGUUCUACCUUGAGGAUUUUACAUUUUCACAUGCAGGCUCUUAGACUCCCAUAUGUGUCUGCACAUAGGAUGCACUAUUAAAAAAUGGUGGGAGCUGCUUGUACCACUCAGAGGUCAGAAAUUUGCAUGGCUUGGAAUUGUGUGCUACAUACUGAUAAAUGUACAUAUCCUUGGAAGUCAUAUGGAUGCAGCCACUGUAUGUGAGCAUUGCACAUCCUGUGAUCCCAUGAUGCAUAAAGAUUAAACAUUUUCAGUUUUGCUGUGCUUUGUAGUUGUGUCCAAAAUACUCUUGUUACACAGAAAAAAAAAAUUGAUCCUGGUUUUGAUGACAUCAAGUAACAUUAGAAAACGGAACUGGAUCUAAUAAUAGUUUAAGAAAAAUGUUCAUUAUGUAAUACAAGAAGGAUGGCUAGAGCCCUGGCAUUGAAAGUGAAGCAAGUGACAUGAAGGAGCAACCUUACUGCCAAACCACUUAGAAAAAGAAUUCUGUGAAUGAAUUAAGUGUGCAGUUCUUUUGUCUUUUAAAAUACAAAGCAGAAUAGCCAUUAAUAAAGGUGAUAAUUCAAACUGCUA